GGGAUAAAGAGUGGAAGUGAUCCGAACAGAUAUUCGUUUUAGUGGAUUCAAGUUUUGAUUUUGAAUAAUCAAUAACUUGGCACAGAAAGGGAAGUGUCCAAUUCAAUCCAUUAACCCGCCGCUCAAUCAAAUGCGUUACUUUUUCCCUUCCAUCAAUUUUCUGAGCCAAAUUCCACGUUUCACAAUAUGAAAUUUCUGAGUGCCAACGUUUUCCCUUUGGGUAUUAUAAUAGCAACAAAAAUCCGUUCCAUUUUCCCGUAUAAGUUUGAUUUGAUUGAUUCCGGGCGCUGUACAAAAAGUUUUGAUUUCUCCCUGCAUCAGCUUUCUUCAACUUGGCCCACCAUUUUUCUCAGUUGAAGUUUCCUGUUUCAUUUAUGGGGAAGACGAGUCAUCGAUUUCUCCAUUUCAUAGUUCGUCGUCCAUGAGUUUUCUGUAAUUGACUACUUGAUUGCCUCUGAGUUUCAUGUCAUCUGUGGAUUCGCUGAGUUUUCGGGUCUGAUGAUUCAAAGGUAACAAUUAGAGAUGAAGCAUUUUCCCACGUUCUAUCUGAAAUACAACUAAAACUUCAGUGGAGGGAAAAGAGUGUUAGAUUGCAAGAUCCAUAUGGAACAGCAAAUCAGAGAUUGAGUGCAGCAAAAAUAAAAGCAAUUAACAGAUAAUAAUUAGAGAUGAAGCAGUUUGAAGAUGGUGAAUCCGACUUGGAAGAUGGUAAAAUGGGAAAGGACAGAGACAAAGCGUUACGAAAUUUCAGGGUAUUUAGAAUACAUAACCAGGCCUUAUUGUCUGGCCUUGCAUACUGCAUUUCCUCGUGCAGCAUGAUACUGGUUAACAAGUUUGUACUUUCCAGUUAUGAUUUCAAUGCUGGGAUAUCAUUGAUGGUCUAUCAGAAUUUUAUAUCAGUGAUUAUUGUAACUGCAAUGAGUUUUAUGGGCAUAAUAUCUACAGAACCACUGACAUGGAGACUGGUUAAAGUAUGGUUGCCUGUAAAUGUUAUCUUUGUUGGGAUGCUCAUUACAAGCAUCUUCAGUUUGAAAUACAUUAAUGUUGCUAUGGUCACAGUUUUGAAGAAUGUUACCAAUGUAAUAACUGCAGUUGGUGAAAUGUAUCUUUUUGGCAAGCAUCAUGACAACAGGGUUUGGGCUGCACUAUUCCUCAUGAUAAUCUCAGCAAUUACUGGGGGCCUUACUGAUCUAUCUUUUCAUGCUGUUGGCUAUGCAUGGCAAAUUGUCAACUGCUUCUUGACCGCAUCAUAUUCUCUGACUCUACGGAGGGUAAUGGAUACAGCAAAGCAGAUAACCAAAUCUGGAAACUUGAAUGAAUUCUCAAUGGUCCUGCUAAAUAACACUCUUUCCAUACCUCUUGGGAUAUUUCUUCUUGUUGUGUUUAACGAGGUUGAUUAUCUGUGGGGAACAUCGCUUUUGAGAUUACCGAUGUUCUGGCUGGUGAUUACAUGCAGUGGUGUUUUGGGUCUAGGAAUUAGCUUCACUUCCAUGUGGUUUCUCCAUCAGACUGGGGCCACAACAUACAGCCUAGUGGGGUCACUGAACAAGAUUCCCCUCUCCAUGGCUGGCAUCUUCCUAUUCAAGGUCCCUACAAGCUUGGAGAACGCUGCAAGUAUAUUUUUUGGGCUUUUGGCUGGUGUAUUUUUUGCAAGAGCCAAAAUACGAGAGCGAAGUUAGUUCUCAAAAGCCAUAUUUGUAAUUUUACCGGAAAGAACUUUUCUCGACACCGACCCGCCAUAUAGAACUACUGCUUGCUGAAGCUGGUUUGCAGUUUUCUGUAAUUUUUGAUGGAAAAUGGAUCAAGAGAUGAAUCCUCCAUUGCAGUUGGGUGAGGUGUUUUCAGCUUUGUAAUUGGGAUGAAGCUGAAGAGAAUUCUGUUGAAAUGCAGUUUUGACUUAGUUUUGUUUAUGGAAAGAAACACAAUGAAAUAACUUUAGAUUGUAACCAUUUACUUCCGAAUUGAUAACAAUUUAGUCCAAUUUAGUCUCUAUAUGAAAAUCUCAUCAAAGUUAAAUAUCGA